AUGCUAGAUCGAAUAAAAUAAGAACCAAAAGAUUCAAAAGAGGAAUAAUAUCCUCAAUACAGAAAAUUAGAAGAAUAAAUUAAAUAACUUACACUUUAUCAACACAGUUUUAUGUAAAAAAUAAAUUUAAUAUGCUUUUUUUAAUUUGGUGGAAAAUUAAUGUCAUAUUAAUAAUCAUAAAAAAUCAUGAAUAUCAUUUAAAUUCAUAAAAAAGUAAUAAACUUUUCACAAAUAUAUUUGGGAACUAGAGAUGGAUUAUCUGCAUAAGCUUUUUGGAAUAAAGUUAAUGGAAAAUCUAAUUUAUUAAUGGUAUUCAAAUCUAAAAUGGGAUAUAUUUUUGGUGAAUUUUCACCUUGUAAAUGACAAUCAAAUUUGAAUAAUCAUAUUUAUGAUUAUACAGUGUCAUCAUUUUUAUUUUCAUAGACUUACGAUUAAAUUUAUCCAUUAAUUGAAGAUAAAAACAAAUAUGCGAUAUAUUGCAAUUAUUAAUGUGGGCCUUGUUUUGGUGGUAAUUAUAAUCGUGAUUUAAAUAUUGAUGGAACUUUUAAAGGUUGCACUUCAAACUUGGGGGAUUCUUAUAGGCAUAAUCAAUAUUAGAAUGUUCGUCAUAAUACACAGUUAUUUAAUUAAGCUACAGCAGAUAUAGUAGAAUGUGAAAUUUAUUAAGUAACAUUUGCUUGA